UCCCCACCGUCGUCGCGCAUACCCUCCCGUCGCCACCUUCGUCCACCAGCGCGCGCGAGCAGCACUAUCAGCAGCAACAGCAGGAACCAGGAGCAGUAGCAGCGGCAGCAGCGGUUGUCACCUCGCGACCGCCGCCACGCUGCGCGUCGACAGUCGACCGACACGAAUCAGUUCGCGAAUCACGGCGAACAACCGAGCGGUUCGCUAUUUCGGGAACGAGGGGAGGUCGCGCGGUGCUUUCGAGCGAGGUGGUGCUCGCUGGCAUCCUCGGAAUCGUCGCGGGUUCUACGCGAGUGCUCGCGCGUCUCGAUGUCGACGAGUCCUCGGGCUGGUAGUUCUCGGUCUGGCAGUUCCGCGUGAGAGGACCGCGCAAGAUGCACCGUCGCGAUGAGAGGAAUGUACGGCGAGCGAUCAUCCCCCUGCUUCGUGCCCUCGCGUUCCGCUCGUGUCGUCGUUAACAGGUUGUCGUUCCUCGGGUACUGUCCUCUUCCUGGUGUGACAAUCCGGUUUCCACUCUCGAGUGAAACCCGAAUCGCCGAGAGGCAAUUGCGUCCCGAGCUGCUCACCCCUCGCGAGUCCGCUCUUUGCUCAAGCGAGAUUUGACGCGAGGGAGGAAACGGUGCGAGGAAUCGUUUUGAUUGUCAGUGUCGUGAAUGACAGUGCAGCGACGGAAUACCGGACGAAAGGCGAUCCCCCGGGCCACGAGUGAGAUGUCUCAUUCGCGACGGCUAUCAGCGAUUACCGCACAGUGCUGGUCCAGGUGAUCAAAGCAUCGAAAGAGAAAGAUGUAUGGCACGGUGAAAACACGUCGCACGCGACCGUCGGGUUUCUGUCGGAGUUGAAUAUCGCCCUGAUUUCUGUCUCGAGGCGAGUCAAGGUGGAUCGGAAUUGGGCGAUCGACUGGUAGAUUCGGAAGAUGCCUCUCACCAGGUUGGCUUUUCAAGAUCCACUCUCGUGUUCAAUCGGCAGAAUCGAUGCACUGCGGCGCACCAUCGCGCACUCGGCUAAUUCGCGAUAGUGAUUAAGAUCCCGGAGAUAAGAUGCGGUCGGCGGUUUCUUCGGAGGCGUCCAGCGAUCUCGUCGGGAUUAUUGGCCACGAGCGGACCGCUCGGAUUGGAUAGUCGAUUGACCGGCUUUCCUCAGAGUGCGGAUCGCAAGAGCAUCGAGUCGGAGCGGCGCGAGCAACGCUCGUGAUCGUUGGCAUGCGAAACAGUCGGUGGCUCGUGCGCGAAAGAACGUCGGUUUCCGGUCGAUUCGCCAGGACAUCGCCGUCGCGUCGCGAGUGCGUCGUCACUUAGAUAUUCGUGGACGUGUGGAGCAAGCGUUUGCCUGGACAUGCGACUGACUCCGAGAUCGGCCGGAUGUUUCGACGGCGUCGGACCGAAGUACAAAGCGGAAGUUCCUCGUCUCGCGAUCACUCGAAGGUGAUGUGCGCCGUGAGCAGGCAGCUUGCUCUCGCACUUUCUUGUCAAUAGCUUACAUCAUUCGUCGUUCCUCGUCGCCGGAGUGAACCGUAAAAUCAGUGAAUUUACACACGCGUCCACCCCGGCACACGAGCUCCCGGAUGCACGUUUUGAAUAUUUGUUCCGGGCUGCGGGGAGUCUCGAGAGUUUUCAGUUGAAGGGCCGUACGUGUGAAUUUCCGUUUAAUCGCCAGUUUUGCGAUCAGUGUGUAUCAUAGUGUCUCGUGCAUUGUCCCGACGUCGGAGACAGUAGGCCAGACCGACGCGAAAAUGAGGAUCUCGCUUUCGAUCGCGAGGUAGACCGUUGUCGAACACGGAAGUUGUCCGACGCACAAUCCUCGGAAGAGAUUACGCAUUCUCGUGUUCGCUAUCGAAUGACGGAGUGCUUUUCAUCGACGACAGCGAGAGUUAUCCACGAGUAGAGUACGGUGAUCGUGUGAUCGUUCUCUUUGCCACGCAGUGAAUUACCAAGGCACGAAACAUUAGUGCCCCACGGGAAAAUGAAGAGGUCCUCUUGGUUCUUCACCUCAAGAGUGACAGCGGGCUAGUGGACACAGGUCCUGGUCGAGUUAGCAGUAUGACAGCCAUUAACUCGGGUCCGGUCGGGGAGGUGGGCGGCGUGAGGCUGCCACUGCAGUCAUUACAUGGAUACGGAUCCGUGUUCAUGUACUCGGCGUCGACGAGUCCCGGGGGUGGUGGUGGCCAGGGUGGCGGAGGCGGGGGUGAGGUUACCCUCCGCCUCCGCGAACCCGAGGACAUUCCCGAAGAGGUCCUCGCCCGCCUCGAAGACACCGCCACCCUCUCCAUCUCUCUUCAAAGCGAUGCAGUCCUGAGGCUAGGGGCGGCUGGCACAGGAAACGGAAACUUGGAGUUGUUUGAUAGUGAGAGUGGGCCGGACCUCACGCUAUCACCUCAAACCUUCACUUCAACGGCGGAAGCCUUCAUUAAUGACAAUAGCGAUAGUCUCGGGGUUCCAGGAGACAACGAUACCGGUAGCAGCGAAGAGUCCAGAGCCGGUGGCGGUGAUCUUGGGAAGCUGGGAGUGAAGAAACCGAGACCGAAGGCCUCCUCGCCGAACAGGCAGGGACCACAGCAGUGUCAGGUCUGUGGGAAGGUGUUCAACAACGCAUCGGCGCUCACGAAGCACAAGCUGACGCACAGCGACGAGAGGAAGUACGUGUGCACGGUGUGCAGCAAGGCGUUCAAGCGGCAGGACCACUUGAACGGACACAUGCUGACACAUCGAAACAAGAAGCCGUACGAGUGCAAGGCCGAAGGAUGCGGCAAGUCUUACUGUGACGCGAGGAGCCUGAGGAGGCACACGGAGAACCACCACGCCGGCAGCAAAGUCAACGAGAGCGUCAGCCCUAGCAGUCCCACGACCGGGCCUCAUACACCCAACACCCCUGGAAGUAAUCCCAGCACACCUAGCACGCCCGGAGCGACUUCCACGACGAAUGGUCAUGGACACGCGGCCUUGAAGCAGCUACUCGCCACCGAACCCGCACAAACGCAACAACAAAAGAGCGUCACGUCUCCCGGCGCAAGCAAUGACGGCCUCACGAAACAGCAGCUGGAGCUCAUCCAGCAGAUCAUGCAGCAAACGCAACAUCAGCAACAGCAGCAGCAGCAGCAGCAGACGGCCGCGCAACAGCAGCAGCAACGCACUACUACUCCCUCGACAGCGGUAGCCGCGCAGAUACAAAAGACACAGAAACCGUCCAUCAAAUCCACUGCGUCGCCCGGUAACAUCGCCAACAAUUCCGGCAGCGCGAACGCGACCAGCAAUGCGAGAUCGAGUCCGAAGCCGAAGGUCUGGAGUCAUACACAGCAACAGCAGCAGCAGGCGCAGCAACAGGCGCAGCAGCAGCAACAGCAGCAACAGCAGGUCGGCUCACCGGGAAACGGAAAUGUAGGGAAGGGUAGUCCGUCACCCGGAAAUACGUCGUCUCCCGGCACGGUCGCGACUUCCAAGCCCCAAACGGAGUCGAAAACGGUGGAGUGCAAUCUGUGCCAUCGAAAAUUUAAAAACACACCGGCCCUUAAUGGCCAUAUGAGACUCCACGGCGGUUACUUCAAGAAGGACGCGGAGAAUAAGAAGAGCGAGAAGAAGGAAGUCGUUGGGCCGCCUUUGCAGACUGCAUCCUCCAGCGUGAGAGCGCUCAUCGAGGAGAAGAUUAUACAGAAGAGAACGACAGCAGCGGACACGAGUAACAAUCAACAACUCCGCAACAAUGUCAACGUUUUCACCACACAAGCCGAUGCCGUCUCACAAAUCGCCGGCAAAACGAGCUUCGCGGUGCCGGCGCCGCCACCCUUGGCGGCGGGUGAGAAGGCACGACGGCUUUCCGAUGGUGAACACUUCCGGCAGCCCAACGUCACCGUGGGCGGCCACGCAACUGUGCAGAAGCAGCUGCAGGAAGCGCAAACCCAGGCACAAGCGCAAGUGCUUGCCGAUCUGAUCCUGAAGGGUGCCAAGGUGGCUGUGAAGAGAACAACCUCAGACCCUGGGCAAAGAUUACACCUGACUUAUCAGCAGCCCGUGCAAUCAGCGACAACCAAUCAGCAACCGAAUAAUCAGCAGGCGCAGGCACAACCUGCGGUAACGGAAAGCUUCACGAUGACAGGAUACGCCGAGGACGGCGGUUACUUCAGCCCAAGUCUGCAGGACGAAGUGUUUCAACAAGUCACUACGGUUCCUGACAGCGUGCUUCUGCAUGCUACCCAGUUAGACUCGAUUCAGUUUCAGACAGCUAGCCUGUUGCAAGAACAAUCUACCGAACAGCUGCAAGAUAUCACGCUGGAGGACCGGUACUCGUCGCAACACACGGUCAACCCAGACCUCCAGGCGCUGGUGAACUCGCCGUUGCCAGACUCUUUGGCUGAAUUCAGUACCUACGCCGCGCAAUAUACGGAAAGCCCUCACACGUUGCCCACCCAGUCGCCUCUGCCGUCGCCCUUGACGCGACAUGACAGCCCGAGCUUCACGUAUCCCACGCCACCAGCCAGCCAGGAAGGUUUGCUCACCGGUAGCUUACCACUGCUGAGUCCGCAGGAAGAUCCGGAGAACGUGAGGCAGGUGUCGUCGCCCCUUUCAGCAGCGUUCUACACCACGACGAUGUCGUCCGCCGCGGCCGUGGAGGAGGCACUUAAUGAGGUACUGCCGGGCGAAUCCGAGGCGGACGCGGACCUGUACGGGUCCGGCUCGCCAAAUCCGCACUCGCCACUGCCAAGCCCAUUAUCAGCGACCCCGGCGCCGUCGCCGCUUUCCUCGCUGCCGCCGUCCUCCGUCUCGUCGCCGGGACCGGUCGCCUUCACCGGCACGAGCUUCCCCGUGUCACCGCAUCACGCGUUCCAGAGCCAGAUGAUGCCGAACUCGGAAGACCCGCUGCUGUCCUCGACCCCGAAGGAUUUCGCCGCGUCCGGUCGCCGGCGUUUCCAAGAGUUUCAGUCGUUCAAGCUGAUCACCAGUCAAAAUUUGAUGGACUUUGGUCUCGGGAACGGCAGCCUGGCUGGUAUUGUUGUAGACAACAACGGCGAGUUCAAGCUGAUACAGACGGCAGGCCUGCAGAAAGCGAACGUGUUAGUGCAGGCGGGUUCCCUCAAUCCCGCGUUGGCGUUCAAGAAGGAGAUUCGCCUGGCGACGCCAAAGAUCGAGCCCAUGACCGUGAAUCUUGGCCUGAACGUGCAACCGGCGAACCAACAGCAGUGCAACGCUGGGCAGAUGAAUCAACAACAAGUCGUCAACCCGACGAAAUUCCUCAUCCAGACCAACCAUACGGCGAAGAAUAACAUCUUGCGGCACAAAUUGACCAACGGCAGUUUACCGGUGCCCAUCGAGCAAAUUAAAGAGGAGCUGCUGGAAGAAGACAUGUUUCUCAGUCCUGGCAGUUUACCUACUGGCAGUCCCGCGCGACAUUGUCGAAAGAGGCCGCGGAUGGACGGGCAAUACGCCAACAGCAGUUCGUACUCUUAUCCGUCGCGGUUACGAAAGGCUUGCGACCGUCAGUGGACAGGCGAUUACACCCCACCGCCGAUCCUAGACCCGUCCCGUCCAGGACCGGGAUUGUACGCGCGAUUGCAUCAGUACGAGAGAGACUCGGACUUUAGUUCGGACGACUCUCAAGGAAACGAUUGUCCGCCGCCGAGGAUCAACGUCGGCAUACGAUACCAGGCAGUAGUACCUCCGGUUGAGUGCGACCGGAUGGGACCGACCGACAGAGACAGGGAGGAGGACGACGCGGAGGCCGAUCAUCUUCUAUGGGAUCCCGGCAUAAACAACACGCUCACGAGCACCGAACUGGAGAUGUACCUGCAGUUUGCGUGUUGCGCUGCGGUGCCGGGCGGUGGUAGGAACAAGGAGUACGCGCUUCAUCUGCUGCACAUGUGCAAGGGAAACAUUCAUGAAGCGAUGGUGAAAUUGAUGCGACCAACGCCUGCGCUGCCAGUGGAGCAUCCGCUGCUCAGCUACGAGUGCCACGAGUCCGACAGAUGGACGUCAUACGAGAUGGACAUGUUCUAUCAGGGACUGCUCAAGUACAACAAGGACUUCUCCGCGAUUUCGCGGGACAUCGGUGCCAAGACCGCGAAACAGUGCGUGCAGUUCUAUUAUCUCUGGAAGAGGUUCUGUCCCGACGAGUACAAGAGACUGCGCAUCUGUCACGGGAAACCAAAGGUCAAGAGCGAGAGUAAGGACACGAAGGACACGAAGGAACUCCGCGAUGCCAUCGCGUUCGUGACGGAGAUGGACUUUGGUGAGGAGAAAUCGAUUCUUCACCGUACCCUGCUACAAACAAAUGAAAGAGAAAACUCGGCGACUCUGACCACCAGCGAAGGAGAGCUGAGGUUAUUCGCAUAUGACUGCCCAGAUAGCUUUAGCGGAACUGUAACAGUAACGAUGGCCGGGAGCACCCAAACCGCCCAAAUCGGCAAUACCAGCCACGCCACAGUCAACACCAACUCACAAACUCACACUAGUUCUGAGCAACAACUACCCGCGCCCACCCCACUUCACUACCCCUGCAAGAUUUGCGGGAAAGUUUUCAACAAAGUGAAAAGCAGAAGUGCGCACAUGAAAUCUCACAGGCCAAUACCCUUGCCCGAUUCAACGGGUCAGGAAUCUAAGCGACCCGUGCAACAGUCGUCGAAAGUAUCGCAACUGCAGCAACCAACGUCGCUGCAGCAAACCCAACAGCAUCAGCAGCAGCAACAGCCGGAUAAUGCUACAUCGCAAACUCAAGACCAUCAACAGCAGCAACUGCCCGCGAGUAUCAGCGACAACAGCGCCCAAAAUACAGUACAUUUAUGCCAUAAUCCAACGAGGCCCCCAUAGGACGAGAUCCACGUAAUUAAGCUUAAGUUAUCUUAACGAAGGCUGUAAGUAGGGAAGUAAUACGGUCGUGCGCGCGCGAUACAGGCAGGCUCUUGCUAAAUGAUCGCGACCGUCGCACAAUCACAAUUACUAGUAACGCUGCGGGAAUACCUUUUUACGAGAUACCCAUGCACACGAUGGGGCAAGCUGCGUGAAUAAACCGCCAAGAUAGAUAGUUUCGAAAUGUACCUCCUCCCACGAUGUGCGAACUUGCAAUACGCAAGAGAGGAUGAAACUGGCAAGUUUGCCCGGCUAGACGGACUAACCAAACUCAUGAGACUCAUAUAUGGGAUACGUAUCAUAAUCGGUCGUUAGAGGAAAAAAGACAACAUCUAUCGUCAAUGGAAGUUGAGCAUAUAGAGUUGUAAAACUCGUAGGUUUUGAUGGCGCGGCGGUAGGAUCUUUAAACUAUGCAAUCGUAAUCCGAGCUCUGUUCAACGAGGAAACAGGGUACUGACAUUUUCCAUAGCCCGAAAAACGGGAAAACGGUUGGCAGUGCGCAAGAGAACUGCCACUGAGUGAGAGGGGCGGAGCGAGCGUACUUAUACGUUUUAUGUUAAAGACGAAGAGAUAAAUGCGAUUGUUUAACAUGGCCUAGAAAAAUCAAACGCAACUCGAUAAGCAAACGUAAGUGCGAGAAUGUACCUUCGCCACGAUUUAGUGUUGGACUCGACGAAAUUCGAAGGAGAUUGACGUGCAUCUACAAUAAGCGCUCUAACGUUUAAAACGCGAUUUCGGUGUACCUAUUUAUUAUGCACGUGAAAUGUUCCCAGAUUGUGCCACAAGACAUUACUGUUACCUAAUGGUGUUGUCCUUUCGCAAUUUUUUAAAAACGUCUUAGGUUGUUUUCUUUCCUUCUUUCGAUUCAUUACAGCCGGGAUCAGCUCACGCCGAGCCGUACGUAUUAUUUAAUUAUUUUCUUGUCGCUGAGAAAGAUGUAUAUCUUUAGUUUAAUUUAUGUAGUCACUUAAAAUUAUUGAUAGCUGGAAAUAUUUUCUCUAGGAGAAAAUUUCAUUUAGUCUUAACAUAUUACUACGAUUUAAAUGGACGCCGAUAAAAUUAUGCGAAAGAUUUCGCUGCUGCGAUUCCCGCGAACGGAUCCCGGAAUGUAAUGUACGACUUGUUGCACGUUCACUCUAGUUACAUUUAGUUUAAAUAUUAUUAGCGUACAUACAAUUUUUGAUGAGAACAUAAGUGGAUCUUACGUACGUAGAUUUGUUGAGACUCCUUAAUUUCUUUACCUCUGUUAGUAGAUUAAUAGUACACAAUUAAAUGAAAAAUUUUAAUAUAUACGAUAUAAAUAUAGAUAUAUAUAUAUAUAUAUAAAUAUGUAUAAACAAAUUGAUGUAAUUGAGAAGAACUCGUUAGCUUAGGCAAAUAAUUCUCUAGAGAGGACGUUGUUCAAGUUUCACUUCAGAGGCGUUUCUUGCGUCGCCGACAUUGAAUGUAAAAUAAUGAUUAUACAUAUGUCCACAUACAUAUUAUACAUACGCGCACCCACGACACAGACACAGAAUAGAGAACAUUUAUUAAAUAUUAUUCGACUUCAAUGAUCAUUAAAAUAGCUAUAUGUACAUAAGAUGUGUACAUGUCUGUACAUAUAACGUCAAUGUCUGUAUGUACAAUUAAAAUGAACUCUAUGCAAAGUAAGUAGACUAUAGGUUUUAAGUUGUUUUAGGAGGGAUCUAUACAUACAUAUAUAUAUAUGAAUGUAUAUACAUGUAUACAUUAUAUAUGUAUAUAUAUAUAUAUAUAAAGAAAAAUAUAUAUACAUGGCUUCAUUUUCUACCUUACUGGAGACUACGUGGCGAGGCUCUUGUAAAAACAAUGACUGCAGGUUUUUACAGUCUCUAUGAAUUUUCAGUUCCCGUUCGAAAGUUCUCAUACAAUGAUGUUCCUAUAUGUAAGGUGCCUUACACAAACAAAAAAAUUUAUUUCUCUUUUAGUACACUUUUCUCUAAUAAUGCAUUCAAUUGUUUAUUCCGUCGUUAUUCUCUCAUUGCUAAAUAAAACUUUGAAUUUUGCAAGUUGUAUUCUCUUUUUUUUCUCAUUUUUUUAAAAGUAAUUAUUACAUUUUGAUUAAAAUUUCGCUCUUUAUGCCUUGAGUUUUCCGCGGACACGUGUACGUAUAUUUGUAUUCUAGUUUGUUCAUGUAUUUAUAUAUAUAGGAACAUCCCUUACACGAUCAUUUAGUACAUUUAGAACACUGUGCAUUUUAUUAAGACAAACUUAUAAAGUAUGUACUAAAUAAUAUAAAGAUUAAAAAAAUAUAUUUAUACCAAGUUUCAUUUAUAUCGAAACUCUAAAUUGUUAUUCAAGAGAGUUGCCAAUCGUAGAUGCUCUAAUUCUACCUUGAAAACAUUGUUAUUGUUAACACUCUUCUUCUUAUUAACUUUUACCAUUGAAUGAAUCGCAAUGUACACUUUAACUUUUUAAACUUUUCUCGAGUAACUUGCAAGUGACUGAGGACGCUUUAAAAAAACAUCUGCCAAGUCUUCACAAUUCGUAAUAAUGGCUUCAAAUCUUCCAUUUAUUUCAAUCAGAAAUAAAAGCUAUGAUUGUAAAUGAAAGUCUAAUCGUCGGGAAUGAGGAGUGCUUUUCUCCUAAUGGUAAAUUGGACUUUCAGAAGCCUGUACUUUCGUCUCUAUUCUAUUUUUGCGUGUGUGUUUCUCAUUAUAUAAUCUUCUCCCCGAUUUACAAAAAUGUAAUGCGAACUAAACAUCAAAUAUUCCGGCCACAACAUCUGCAUUAUCUAUUUAUUUACAGACAAGAGACUAAUAUAAAGGGGUAUCACCAGGGCCAUUAAUUCAAUGCUCAUAUUAUUCGAUUAAAUAAUAACUUAUUUUUAUUAAAUUUAUUGGGCUAAAAUACUUAUAUUAAAUGAUUAUCUAUUAAAAUAUCUUUCUAACAGUUGAACAGUUUUAUUUUUCUCAAUGUAUUCGUACGUGAUAUCACAAAGGUAUAACAUUUAUAGAUGUUUAUGUGAUACAUAUAUAAUUUUCCAAACCCAUGGAAAUACUCCUUUGUGACCGUAUUCAAAUAAAUGAUUCUGUAACGGCUGAGUAAUGGCCUCCAGUACAGGGAUAAAGUGUAGUAUAACUAGAGAACUAUAUAUUAUACCAUAAGAUUCUAGAAUUUCGAAUCUUAAAGUUAGUUUAUUUAAGGAGUAAAAUUGUUAUGAAUUCCGACCACAGGCUCGGUGCGUCGAAUACAACAAAAUUAGCAGACAUAUCAUUUAAGACAAUACACUUGUUACAGAAACUAAGUUUCUACUAAUAUAAUUAUUAUUGUAUGUAAUCUAACUCUUAAUCAGACUUAGAGCUUCAAGGGAACGUCGUAGGUAGUAAUAAAUGGAGCGAAGAGUGUAAUAUGUAUUGCCUGAUUAAAUCCAGAAGAUAUUACGCAGUGAUAAUACUGGAUUCUUUUCUCAAAACUCGAUUAAUAAUCUUCUUAUGAUUCAUUACAAUUCUAAGAUGAAUCCAUUCCACGCAGUGUCUAGUUGCAUUGCAAAUUUUAUGUGAUGAAAACCGAUAUCUACGUCAGAUUUGUGCGCAUGUUCUUUCAUUUCUUUUUCUUUUCAUUUCACGUCGAGACAACUAAUAUUCUGGAUUUGGUACAGCAAACAAUACGAAGUGCAUGCAGUACUGGAGGCUGCUUACUCAGAACGUGGGAAAGGCACGAAACGAAGCAAUGAAACCGUAACGAAAAUAUGCAUGAAUUGUACAAACGAGUCCCUCCACGUCACAGAAAAAAAUGAUAUAUCUAUAUGAAGAAUAUAUAUAUAACAAAAUGAUAACUAUGUGAUGUAUUUAAAUGGUAUGUGGUAUAUGGUAUUACAUAUUUGUACAUAGGCGGACCCGUGCCAUCAACUAGUGAGUUGUACCGAUAUUGUACUGCCAUAAAUCGAAUAGCGAUGACAUCGAGUGAAUGGAUCUAAUCAUCGACAAAUCUGUACAUGAUAUAAUUUUCGUUUCCGUGCUCUCGUACAUGUAUGUGAUUAGACGAUUAACUUGAAGUUACCAACUAAACCUUUAACUUAAUGGCUGUGCAAAUGGAGCAUUUUGCACUCAUUGACAAUUAUUGAACCGUUGUGUUGUUGCAUAUUUUACAUUUUAUUGUGUGAACAGUUUAUUCAUACAGAAAAAAAUUAUCAUUCUGUUGUUAUUAUAUUACUCUUGUUUUUAAGUUGACGUUGCGUUUUUAGACUUGUGCUAAUGUCAUGUGUCUAGUACAUUGAAGUAUAAUAACUUUUAUUUUUGACGUCCCGUAAUACGCAUACAUACACACAAGCUCACAAAAGACAUUAAUCGUGAUGGAUAAUUUCGCGUUUACCGCGUAGACGACUCCUUUUACCAUAUUAACUUUUACUGUAACACUAUAUUGAUACUGUAUUGGAUUAAAAAGGACACUGAGGUAUAUCCCGCAUUCGCAGUCGUAAGUCAAAUUGCAAAUUUAUACACGCAUCAAACAAUCGAGAUUACUAUUGGAGGUAAGAAAGCACAUAAUCAUCGGGCAAUCGUGUACAGGAUACAAAGCCAGAUUUCCUCGUUUUCUCGGCAACGAAUACUUAUAAACGUACCCUCGUUUCCUAGAUGCCAAGAUAGUGAUUUUCUUAAUACAUUAAGUUAUUUUCAUUAUAUAUUAUCGAUAAUUUAUUCUCAUUAUUUGAGUAAUUACUCAAAUAUUACAUAAUAGUACAUGUAACGACUAUUACUACUUAUUCUCUCGUUUAAGUGAAUCUCGCGCAAUAUUUCCUACAGAAUGUUCAAUGCACGCCAUGGCUCGUACGUUGACGAAGCUCUUCUAAUGAUCGUUAAUUAAUUUAGUACUGGUAAAGUUUAAUAAGUUGUGGAAUAUAUUGGUACAACUCGAUGAAGAAAGUGUAGCGUGGUUAUACACCUGAGGAAUGUGCUCAAAAUAUUGUAUUAAAGAGAAAAAAAGUCUACUAAAUGAUCAUCAACGUUUAUGCAAAAUUACUCUUAAUAAGUGAAAACGUUAUUACGGAUUAUUGAUAUCGUAAUCUAUCGUCCUCUUACCUAUUACCUACUUUAAUGUCUAUCUCUAUACGCCAGCAUGGUUCUUUAUACUCUUCUAUUUGAUGUUAUACUAUUCUCUAUUAACUUUUACUACGAAAAAAAGCGUAUUGUUAAUAGUGUUUUUAAUGUAUUAGAACAUGGUCAGCUGUAGGAGAGCCACGCACACGUCACACCGAGAUUUAUGCGUGAAGACAGAGGCGUUACUAUCGAAAAAAGACAAGUGUAUGCGUUUGUCGUGAGGUAGCACGAAUUUUAACACUUACGUACCACCGCGUAUACUUGUAUUUCCACGUACCAAAGGUACGUAAGACUUCGUCUCCGAUAUAGCUUCCAUAAUAUAUUUUCCGUAUCGCACUAAAUUAUAUUUCCACGUAAGUGUUAAUCAAAUCCAUUUAAAUGUGCCCAAAACUUAUUUUCAUUGUUAUACUCAAGGAUAUAAUUUAGUUCAGAUUGUGUCAUAGCUAUAAUUCGUAUGCGAAUUAAAAUACAACAGAAGUGCAGGUAGAGGAGUCGUUUGAAGCCGAAGACUGUGCACGUUACACAACACGUCUCGCACGCUCGUAUAUAAAUUGUCGCAAUAAUUCUAACGAAACGAAAGAGAGAAUAGCAUGUGCUCGAUAGCAAUAUACUCAAGUGACGCGUUUGUACUGUCGUUGUUUUUCCAUCUCUCUCUCUCUCUCUCUCUCUGCUCAACUAGAUAUUACCUAUGGAUAAUACCUAUACACUUAGUCCACGUUAUCUUAGCUACUUGAAGAACCUAAUCACUUAAUCAGAUUCUUGUCUUGCUCAAAGAGACGCGGACUCGGGCGAAAACAAACAAAACAAUCUGAUUAUCUCUUGUAUCCGGACUGUAUAAUAAAAUCGCUCAAAAAUCGGUGCCAUAAGCAAUAUGGACAAUAUGUUAUUAAAUGUGUUAUAAGUACGCGUGGACUAAACUACAGCUGGCCGGCUAAGUUCUGCUUUAAAAAGCUCGAUAACGAAACGCCCUGCAGUUGCCUUCCGCGAGUGAUUGCGAGAGAGUUCUCAAUAUAUCGUUCAUUCACUCGGUUAGCGACACGCUUCUUCUUCGUGAAGUUACAUUUGUAAAAAUUUCGAAAUUGUUUGCGCGUAAGAAAGGUUAUUGCGUGGCUAUUACUGACCCUUGCAACAGACAUUGCGAUUCGCAAGAUUUCUCGUCUGAAACUCUCAUCUUUUCGGAGGGUUUGUGCAUCGUAGAUAGAUCUCGCAAUUGGCUCUUGGUAGGAAGCUGCAACGCGUUAUUUAUAUAAUUAAGCACAGUUCAGUCAAUUUCAAGUGCGAUGUGGUAUCGAGUUGCCGACGAGAGCCUAAUUUAUAAUCUGGAAGCCUAUAUCAAAGUGAUACCACCGGAUGAAGAGCGGGAAAGUCAGAUCCACGCGCGCAUUGACAAAGAAGAGAAGAAACCCCAAAGGAGGCCUCCAGAACCCCCAAAGAAGAAGAAGAAGAAGAAGCAACUCCGCCACAUUAGUCUUCGGCGAUGAAGGGACAGCACAAAACGACGCGGUGAAUUAUCUGCGAAUGCGAGGACUUCGAGAAUUCUCUGUUGCGUAAGCCUAGAAGAGGGAUACGCGCGCACGAAACUUUCACGAGAUCACGUAGCGGGCCUGUAAGAAUAUCUUUCGUCGUUGUCGCGAAUACGACAAUCUGUCCAAUCGAUGACUUGUCGCAAUUGUCAACUUGUCCGUUGAAUUGAAAUUUGGUCCGCUUGAUUUAUCGACUCGUGAUGCACUCUUGCACCACUUGAACCUUCGACAAGCAUUAAUUUCUUCGGGAUAAACGCUGUUUCAGCGAGCGAACGGAACGAGUUUCGUGUUUGUGCUCAUUCAGUUGAUCGGAGCCGAUUGCGGGACGUAGAAUUUUCGAUACCUCUUUGUCCGGGUAGGAACCGCGUUCACGAGUUCGUAGUCUGGCGAGGCGAGGUACGCGAUGAGCGGAAAGCGGACUCGAGUCACUCAGCGGGAUUGAGUUCGAUCGUGUGAGUUAAUUGUGAAUCAAACGGCUUAGCCAGGUCAACGAGCGUCUGCGCAUCAGUAUUACGUUGAAGCGACACUUAUAUACAUUAAACUAGCGAUUACAUCGCGCAUACACGUAUAUACAUACCAUUUUAUUUAAUAUAUACAUACAUAUAUAUAUACAUAUAUAUAUAUAUAUAUUUAAAUAUCUGGAGAAGAUGCGAUAUUACUAUAUUAUACACGUACAUGUGCGUAUUGACUCAGAUGGUAGCGUACGUGCAUAUAUGUAUCGCUUUGCGUACGUAUAUAUAUAUAUGCGUACGCUCAUAUAUAUUUAUAUAUAUAUACAAAACUGAGUAUGUGUGGUGUACAGAGAGUCAGAUGGGCCGAGCAGCCCGUACUUGCUGCGUUAAAUGUCGAUGUUGUUCGUUAAACAAAAGAAAAAAAAAGGAAAAAAAUACAGAAACCCCACGCUUCUUCUGAAUCGUGAGUGGCGGGACACUUCGGUACAUACACGGACUUUAGUGGCGGCUACGGAGAAACCGACUAGUCGACACUCAACCGCAACUACAAAAAAAAAGAAAAAAAGAGAAAAGCAAUCAAGAGCAUGAGACGGCGUCGUUUAACGGCUUGCGAUUCAAUUUCCAAGGAUAAUAAAUGCGAGUGGGAAAAAAUCGAGAAAUUAUCGUGAAACGGACGAAUCAUGCGGAAGUACCAGCCGACUAACCGUCACAGUGCGAUCAAAAAGGAACCGGAAACAGAAAAUCAAAGAAAAUGCUAAAAAAACGUUGUCGAUUGACGUAAUAUCAUGCUACGCUCUAACAGACGUAGACGCGUAUAAACUUUUGGCCAAUCGGGUUGUCACGAGCCCGGCCUGUCCAAUCGACCGUAUCAGGAAACGGGAAAACGGAUCGUACAUAAGAUAAAAUACCGAAAAUCCUGCCUCACGACAGCACGAGCAUUAAGUGUACCAUUAAACUCUACUACUAUGAUGAUCGGAAAGCGCAAACGAGCAAAAAUCGCGCGCGUACGUGUUUGCCUGCGUGAAAGGGUAGAAAACUGCUUGAGAGCGUGUGUCUGUCUAUGUAUGUGUCUGGGAGAAAGAGGAAGAGCGAGGUAGAGAGGGAGAGGGUGUGGAAUUUUAAUACUGAGAUGUAAUUGAAUAAUCUAACCGUCGUUUAUAAAUGAAUACAUAUUAAGACAAAAAAAAUACUGAAUAUAUAUAAAUAUAUAUUAUAUAUAUAUUAUUACUGCAUUGCAUAGAUAGUAUAUAUAUUAUAUGUACGACAACAUACAUAUAUAUAUGACUAUUUUCUUCUAUGAAUAUUGCGUAUGUGAGGUGAGUGCUAUUUUCAUCGUACGUCGGAAGGCGCACCGCGAUCAGCGACAAGUAGCGAGAUGAUCGAUGAUGAAUCACGCGCGCGCGCGCGCGUGAUAGAUCCUAGCAGAGACUUUCCUAGCUUCUUUCUCAUGAGAAUAUAAAUAUUUUGUCUGAUACAGUAGUCUAAGGCAAUUUUAAUGAGUAUUUUAAUAGACAGAUAGAAAGCAGUUCUUCAUAGAAGAACUACGUAGGAGCCUGUAUGUCGGUUAUAUAACGCUCUCAGCAAGUUUCAUUGUCGCCUCGUGUAUCUUCCUAAAACUUCGGUCGAUCGCGAACGCCUCGCGUCUACGCUAAUGGUUUGACAAACCAUCGAUUUAAUAAGUGGUUUAAUGGUAAAUAGUUAAGUAAAGCUCAUGAUUAUUGCUCUUCGAUGGUAGCGUCUAAAUCUCGCACUGUCCGCCGCGGCGCGUCUUGCGCCAGCUAUCUCAACACCGAGCUAUACCAAAAAAAAGCAAAUUAAUAACAAAAAAGACAAGUAUGAUGUGUAAGCCAAGUGCCUUGUGUUCUGGUAACUAAUCGUUGACUUUUAACUACGAUAUUAGCGGAAGUGAGAGUGAGAAAGAGAGAUGAAAAGGCGAGGAAUGAGGAACCUGUCAAUAUCAGCUUACGCAAAUGUAAGCGCAAGUUUUUCGGUAGGAGUGAUAUUCCUUUUUCUUUAAUCGAUUAAUACGAAGAUGAAGGAAAAGAAACGUAAUACUGGACGUCUCUGCCUUGUUUCAUUCCAGCGAGUACUCUGCGUUGCAAAUUCAGCGAAUCUAAUCGGAAUCGCACGAGCCAAUUAAAUUUCACGAGCUUUAUACGUCUGAUCAUUUAUUUGAAAACAUGAUCGUUAUAUCUCACGAAUUAUAUAAAUUCAAUCAGAUUUAUAUUCAACUUAUAGUUUGUUUAUAAAGUCGAAAACUAAACAUCUUGAUCGUUAAUAUGCUUUACAUUUUUUGCUAAUUUUUUAAAGAACAGAUGUAGAUUAAUUUGUUCCUUAAGCUUGCAAUUUUGCAUUUAUGAUGCGUAUCUCUCUGUAUGAUUCUAGUCUGUUUUUGCUGUUAACUUGUCAUCAAGUCUAAGCAGGAUGCUAAUAUUGUGCCAAAGCAAACGCGCGUACCUGGAAGUUUUAUAAUUCUAACUUUAAGAAUCAUAUACACGUUCGAUUUUACCAACUGAUUUCUCCGCUUUCCCACUGCCUACGUCCAUAAGAUCUUGUACAAAAAAAAAGAAAAUAAAUGCCACAUCGGUGAAAUUAUAAUAUUUCGAUGUCUUUGCAACGCAUUGGAGAUAUCCAAAUCACUGAAAGUAAACUUUCACUUGCACCUCUCACAAAAAUAAUUAAAACAAAUCGAUUUCUAACCCAUCUUAUUUUUAUUACGGAAUUACGUAGGGGGAAUAUUUGAAUUCACAUAAUUUAGGAAGAGCACCUAGCAUCUCACUUAGUUUCGAUAAUUUCAACGAUAUUAACGGUGCGACUUACUCAAUAACGAUAAUAAAGAUAUUUAUAGUUUCAAUAAGAACAAAGGUACAAGUAGAACACAGAAACGUAAUGUCUCACUCCCAGAAUAUGUCAGCAAUCUUGCAGGAAAAAUCUUUGAGCAAUGAAGAAAUAUAAGGCCAAGUAAGCAUCGAAGGAACAAUCGCGCGUAAGACAACCUUUCUACCAAAGAUUACAGAAAUAAUCAGAAGCAAAGUGAGAAUGUCUAGCAGUGUGUCGCCGGAAUGUAAUCUGUGUACGAAUUCGACAGCGGGACGCGUGUAAGGACUACCCAUUAUCCUAACAAACAACGGUUGUUAAUAGAGAUACUUCUGCCGAUACUUCUAGCGCAACCAAAGGUUCCCGUACGGGGUCUUUUUCAUUCGAAGUGGACACUGUUUGGUGUUGUGAUAAGAGGCAAAGUGGUAGAGCAACAUAAGAAAAAGAAAUAGUCGCGAAUGUUGCGUGUGAAUGGAAUGAGAGAAAGACAAAGAGAGAGCGAGAGAAAGAGAAUUGAGCGAGACGAUCGAGCGCGUGUGCAUGUGCAUUUCUUUCCUGCGAUUCUCUACACUUAAUGUAUAUCUCUUAUUUGUAAAGCGCUAGCUAUGUCUACAAGGAAUUGAUGUAAAUAGUAGGUUUCGGUAAAAAAGUAGCAAAAGUGUCGUGGCCGAGGGAGCUCUGCAUCCAUGACGCACGAGAAAACUGCUUCGCAAUUUGUCGCUUAUCGUGAUUGACAAUGACAAUUGAUUCGCAAGUGUCCGCAAGUAAUCGUACGCAAUAGAUAUCUUCGUGAUCAUCGAUUGGCCACUGUUAUAAAUUUGCAGGAAACGUGACUCUCUACAGUUUACAUGGCAGCAAAAGGUUUCCUCAAGAGCUCAAAGUGUUCUUUGCAAUUUUAAUAUUACAAAAUUGGGAACGUCCAUUAAAUAAUGGGAAAUGAAUUAUCAUUAUAAUUAGCAUUGUUGCGUGCUGCUCUGCGCCUCAUGGAUGCACUGAUGUGGAUGAGAAAGACCCUACGCAGACAAUCCUCCGUUAGUUAGUCCUCUAAAUGCGAGUUGUGCCACUGACUGCGGGUGUGAAUGCUUUACGGAAAGUAUUAAUUUAUAAGGUGCAGAUGUAGAGGGCCCUGAUCGUGUAUUAGAUUCCGUCAUAACGAUGUUUUUUCGUCUAGGUAGGAUAUAAUGUGAACCUUUGUCGCACGGGCGGACGGUGGAUACGAGCGUGGUUGCAUGUGAUGCAUUAUAUAAAUACGAUGGCGCAUUGAUCUGCGAAACUAAGAUCAGUCUCUGUUCCACAGAAAAGAGUACGAAGCGUAAUCACAUUUUCAAUGUCCACGCAUGAUGCGAUUACUCUUUCAUUUCGCGAGGAACCAGUUUCGUAUAAUAAUUUCCUCCGAUUAAUGAAUCCGCGCUGGUAUCCAUGUCAGCUCGUUUGUGUUGCUCUUGUAUUGUUAACGAUUGCUAUACCUUCUUCCCAAAUGAUCUCCUGUGCAAUCGAUGCUGAAUGAAGGUUCAGUUGUACGAGCAUUGAUUAACAUUCACGAAGAGGCGCUUCAUGUACACGUGUAAUUCGCGCGAUCACAUUGAGAAAUACCGUCACGAGAUAUUUAUGUGAUUUCGCAGCGAGACGGCGAUUCACGGCGGUGUGCGCGAUGUAUCGCGAAGGCCUAACGCAAAGAAAUAGAAGGGCGCUACUUCCGAGUAUAACACGUCGCUAAUUAUCGUUUGCGCUAAUUCUCGAGUGCAGCGAGCCUGAUUUUUAUCGUAUGUACGUUAUACGUAACAUCCCGAUAAUUAUUGUUAUCCUUAUUGUUGCGGUGGCUUCUAAAGUCUUAUCACGACGAGUCCCGAUGCACCAUCAUUGUGACCAAAAGUAUGACGAUGAAUUUUACGCUGUCGACACCUGGAUUUACGUGCUUACAUUAUUGCUACCCUUAUAUUUCGCAAAGACAUUAACGAUGCGCUUAACACAUUCCGUGCCGCGAGUGGCUUUAUGUUGAACUUUCCGCUGUUGCCACGUAAAUCAUUGGUGACUUGUGUAUGAUGCAUACGUAGUAAUUAUGCAAUGAUUAAUGAUAUUGUGAGAUAUAUUUCAUGACAACAUUUCUCUUGACGAGCGAAAAUCACUAGUGGUCCACGUGGCACGGGAUGCGUUAAGGAAUCAAAGCGAAAAUGACGAUCAAGGGGUACGCUUUCUCACGAGAAUUCAAUGUCUACAUCUGCUGCUGUUGCACAUCAGUCUUUCGUCGAAUAAUCAAACGAUGCAGCUCCGGGAAAUCAAACUAUAUCAGGUCACGGCUCGAUAUCACUCCAGCCAUACAACUUUGCGUUAAACUAUUAACGCGGAUCAAUAAAUCGUGAAGAAGAUCUACCUCCCUCGAUCGUAUCGAUAAGAUCGUCCUCGCACGAGCGUUCCCGUCGAGAGCGAGGCAGACGCUCAACAAUAAUCACUGUGCCAAGUUAUAAUCAAACGAAUCAAUCAAAAAUUUCUCGAAGCAGAGCGAGAACCGGGUUAAAACUGCAAGUAUAGCAACAAGGGGAUUAAUAAACUACGAAAAUCGAAACGCACGCUGCUCAUAGACCGAACGAUCCGAGUGACAAGAAAGUUUUUCUUGUUCUCCGUAAAGCAACAAGUCAUUGCUCACGUUUGCUCGAAAUUUAUUAAUCUUGGUAUUUUCCUGCGCUGAAUCUUCCAUUUGACAUUUGUGUGACGAUAUUUGCAAAUGUUUUGCAUGUUUCGAGACCGACUUGAGUAUAGUGGAAUAAGAGAAGAAGAAAGGUGGCUCGUUCGUUCUCGCUCGCUUCGCUUGUGUUAACGACCGAUCGUGUUAAAAACGCGUUCGUUCGAGAGCCCCCAUGGCGGAUUUUUCCGCUUCUCAGCCACCGACCCUUUUUAAGAUUUAAAUACUUUUUAAGCGAGAAGGAGAAAGGCGCCUCGUGGCCCGCAGCGGCGAACGUGUAGUAUGCAAUAAUAACAUGUAUAAAGAGCAAGGAUUUUAUAUGUGUCGUACUCGUACACGGGAAAAAAAUGCACCCUCACCUCCCCGAUCCUUCACAUUUCUGGUAUUGAAAUAUUACUUGAACGACCGUGAGCUGGUACUCGUCGUGCAGAGUUAUCCUCGAAAGCCACUGUUGCACUGAUUGUUUGUCGCGAAAUUAUUUCUGACAAUCGAACUGAAAUUUGAGGAUUUAAUCUCUGAAUGUGUCGCAAGUAUCAUAGAUUCUUCCAAAUUUUCUCCUCUGUAAUAGUCUUUUUAAAGAUAUCUUAUUCACGUAUAACUAGAGAAUUAGAUCUAUAUAACUAGAUCUUAUUUGCAUUAUUCUAAUCCCACAUAUGUAUCCGAAUAUAAAUUAUUUUUUAACCUAUUAAUAAAUAAUAUUAAAUUUCACUUAUUGCAUUCUACGACAGACUCUCGAGGUAGCUUUACAAAGAGGAAGUGCGAGCUCGUGCUUUUUCCAUUCGCGCACUUCCGCGCACCAAGCGCGGAUAAUCAACGGGUGGGAUGUGUGUUGCGCAGAAAUAUAAAAAACGGGUAAAGUUCUGAAUAAAGAAAAAAACGCCAAUUUAGAAAAGUGACGUCCCGCUCGCGUGUGUCUGCGACAGCGAUGUCUCGCGAGGAUUCUUCGUGUAUCAUUAAGUAAUUCACGUAAAGAAAACGAUAUUAAAAAUCGCUGACGACAGUGGUACAUAGAUCCAUAACGUUCUCCAUUUAGUGGCGCGUAUUUCAUACGAAAUGCAACCACCUGACUCCGAAUUUUAUUUGCGCAAAACACCGUGAUUGCGUGAUGAGAAUUUGACCGACGCAUUCAGUGCUAAAUGCAUAAGAGAGUACAAGCCGUUAAAGAUACAUGUCAUCAUGAUUAAAUUAUUAACUCGGCGUGAUCGAGAAGCGAUCAGUAGCACUAGAAUGUCAGUAACUUCGAAGGGCCGUCGGCUGGUUUUAUCGAGGGUGAGAUUGAGAGACUGAAGGACUUUAGCUUUGAUUCUCUAUUGACUUUGUAUCAGUUGCAGAAUUGGAAGAAAAUCGAAGCCAAUCGGCGGUAAACCCAGCCACAAGACUCUUCUAAUCGAAGUUCGCGAACGAGGCCCGAACUUGAAAAGAUUUUAUCCUCGAAUUCGCAUCCCUUCGCUGGGCUGGACGGGUAUUAUUUUAAAGAAACACGCCAACUCUUCCUUGACUCUCUGAUCGCCAUCCUUAAAGAGAAGCAUCCCUUUCGAUGUAAGUUGUACAUAAUAUAAAUGUAUAUAUAUACAUAUAUACAUAUAUAUUUACAAGUGUCAAAGGUGUCGCGCAUAUUUUUAUGUAUGUCAAGAAUGGAUCUUGCCAGUCUGUACAGAUCGGUGUGUUAUUGUCGUGCUUGGUGUCGUUUACUUUUGUAUCCUCGACCUCGCUCGACUUAAUGUACAUAAAAUUGUAAAGAUAUUCUCUUCUCUUCAAUCUCUCCUUCAGCCCGUAAACUAUACGAGCGUACGUCCAGCCCUACAGCAGGGAGAAAAACUUCCUAAGUACCGUUUAAUCGUUGCAACAUUUGUUACCCUUUCGCGUCUCUCUUCACGCGCAUUGUUUCUUAAAAAAAAAGAGAUGCACGACGCGGAUGAAAGACGCUACACAGAACUAGAAAAUCACGUUGUACGAGUGCGUGCGAGAGCGAGAAAGAAAGAAAGCAAGCAAGAGAGAGAGAGAGAGAGAGAGAGAGAGAAUGAGAGCGAGAGAAUGAUGAAGCAAAACGAAGGAAACAGAGGGGGGCGAGAUACGGACCUCUGACAUAUCAAAGCGACAUGAUUCUUCUUGACAACCACAUAGCAAUACCUCUCCGCUCAAUAUAGUAAAGAAAUAUUUAAAAGAAAUACAAAAAAAAGAAAGAGGAAGGCAGGAGAAAAAUAUGUAACAAUCUUUUGAAGCGUUUUAAUCGACGGGGGGCUUUAGGGACCUCGUACUCCCCAGUUAGGAGUUGUAGAUGAAUUUAGAUUAGACGCUUAAUUAAAGUUUGCUGCCCACGGCAAGAAAGCCAGCGCGCUGGUACGAGUGAGCCUUCUCGUAAAUCUCACUGUCGACCGCACGAUCGAAUCCUUCGGAGACGAGAAUCGCGAUUAUCUCAUCUUGAAAUCUCAAGAGUAGUCACCGAAAUAAAAUUGUACCAAACUCGUCACACGCACAUAUACAUCCGCGGCUUCGAUCGAGCAAUUAAAUACACAAUUCAUAAGGAAUCCUUUGAUCUCACGUAACAUCAUAUUUUGAGGAUAUCACCGUCGCUACUGAGAAAUAAUUUCUUUCAGAGUCGCCUUUAAUUAAUUAUAAAGGAUCAUAAUCAAAACGAGAAUCAAAAGUAAGAGAACCCUACAGAUGCUCCUUAUUAAUUUUGCUGAAAUUUUACACGUUGUCAAGCAGCAAUAUAUUGUCUAAUGUUUCUUACAGAUGCAUAUAUUACAGUGCAAAAAUAUAACAUUUUUCAUGCGAAAACAAGUGUUGUAAGUGUUAGGCUUUACGCAGUGCACGUGUCAUGAUAAUCAUCUACGUAACAUACAAAGGUGACUUUGCAUUGAAUCGUAAUGUUAACAAAUAGAGAGGAUCACGGAAGAUGUUAGGAAUAAUGGCCACGGAUAUUCCAGCAUCUCGAGCCUGCCUCGUUUUGUACAUGUGGCCGUAUUCGUGACACCUCUUCCAACAACGAGAUACUAAAAAGCAACGGAACGGGAAACAGAGAGAAAAAAAUCGUCCACUAUUUUAUAUAAUGUAACAAUCAAAGCGUAUUACGUACUGCGAGGAGAAAAUCACUGAAUCAAAACGGAAACGCCUUCGGUACUCGGAUUAUAUAGUGGAAAUGAUCUACGGCAGGUGGAUAGGAUCGGAGAAGCGAAUGAUGUUUUAAGUACAGCUUCCACCAUUGACUCCUCUCACGUUUACCUUAAUCUACUUAUUAAUCGAUUUAUUAACUCUUAUUAAUUAACUCGGCCAAUAAUUGUAGCUGUUGCAUGGGGUUCUCCUAUCUUCAUCUGAUUCACCUGUCGUCGCUGCACGUGAAUAUUUCACGUACGCGCGAAUGAGUAAAUGGAUCUCAAAAGUCACACGAACAAUCUCUCCCUUCAGACAUCUGUAUCUUUAUAUAGAUACGCGCGUAUGCACGGAUACAUAUAAGGGUUUCAUGUAUUGCACGUUAAGAAGGCGUCGCAGAGCACGGAGUACACGCGAGAUACAGGUGACGCGUGUCCGCGAGCACGUGCUAUCGAAAUCCAAUGAGAGAGCCGGACAAACGAAACGGAAUAUUGACAGAAAAGAAUCAAUCAAACGAGCGCUGAGACACGCUACGAACGGCAUGGCGAUAGGAACGGCCUGCCGAGACGCAAAACGAUGAGACACACAUGUUCGCUAGAUGCAAGGAUACGUACUACAGUACAAGGUAGACAAAAUGUUUGUAAAAUAUCGACUAGGUUCCGAAUUUUCCCUUUAAACUUUAGCAGUACGGCAAAGAGACAAUGUAAAUGUAUGAGAGAUCUAUAUCCCCUUCCCGCUCCCGCCCCGUGUCCACCCUCUCGAGCCUUCCGCGCCAUCCCUUUUCUCCCUCUGUACGACGAGUAUAAAAAAUAUCAUGUAAUUAACACACCGAUGAAUAUAUAAAUAUAUAAAUAUAUAAAUAUAUAAAUACAUAUAUAUAUAUGUAUAUAUUUAUUUAUAUGUUUAUAUAUAUACAUAUAUAUAUGCGUACGUGUACAUGCGCACGAGCACGGCGUGCACGCUCGUCGUAUCGCGCGUGUGGCAAGAUGAUUGAUUGUGAGUCAUUUAAAUAAUUGUUAUAUGUAUUUUCUAUAUAUUACGAUAAACUAAUACAAUGAUAUAUGUAUAUAUAUAUACAUAUAUAAUACGCGCAUAUAUAUAUAUACAUAUACAUAUAUAUAUAUAUAUAUAUAUUGAAAUGACAUUACGGUACUAUUAACUAUUAAGCGUAGCUAAUUUAGAGACUAAAGCGGGGAUAUUAUCCGCGCCGUCGUGCGCGCAAGGCCGACGCCUCGAUGAAAAGCUGGAUCGCUCUGAUCCGACACUUUCUACAACACGCUCUUCGCACACACGAAAUAAGAAAAAGAAAAGAAAGAAACGAAAAACGAAUCGCGUGCAAAGCACGAGACCAGCGAGACACUCGAAACGGCAUCCCGCAUCUUCUAUACGUGUACGUGUGCGUAGCGCGAGCCUGUAUGUAUAUGUGUGUAUGCGUGCGUGCGUGCGUCUGACAAUGAGACGAAAUUACCCCCUUUUCCUCAAAAUAUAAAUGACAGAUAAAUAUGAGGCAAACUGGAAAAAGGCAGGAAAAUAAAGCGACGCGAUUGCGCUUAUUUGGCGUCGUCUCGAGUGUUUUCGUAAAAAAACUUGAAAUUUGAGAGAAAAAGAAAGACAACUCACACACAUACAUGUAGACGGACAUAUACAUGCAUACACACACGCGCGCGCGCACACACACACACACACACUCUCUCUCUCUUUCUCUCCCUCUCUCAUACAAAACACCCAUACACAUACACACACACAUGCACACUGAGUGAAGAAACCAUAAUGCGGAAUUUGCAACAAAAAAAAAGAUGUAUUUUCUCACUCCCACUGCGCGAGGUGUAUGUUCAUCGCUACAUCUUAUUUGGAGAAAACGAAAACCUAAAUAUUAUAUUAUUAUAUAAAAUUACUGUAUAAUUGUAACACACGAAAAUUGUUUUUCAAACGAUAUGGUAUUUUUAUUGUAGAUAUUAUUAUAUAACAAAUAAAAUCAUGAUUCAUUGUA